GCGCGUCGUGUCGUUUAGAAGUGCGCCCACGUUCGUCGGGCGAGAUCGAUAAACGGUAGUGAUACGAGAAACAAGGAACCGCUUGCGCACAGCGCGCAGCGUGCUUUGCAUUGAGAAAAAAGAAAGGAAGAGAAGAAAGUAAAAAGAAAGAAAAUGAGAACGGUAAUCUAUCAACAACGAUAAAGCGUUGAAACGAAAAACGGCGGCAGUGGCGUCAGUGUUAUACCGUAUAUUAACGUAACCGUGACGUGUUGCUUCGGUGUCUGUGAAAUAACGUUUCAAAGUAUCGCUCUUAUAUACGUUUAACGCAUGAUACGCUGUGCAUGAGAAAGUGGGAAAGCUUCUAUAUAGAAGAAGUUAACGUUUAUGCUAUCUGUUGGUGUUGCGUGCGGUUCAGCUAAAAUACCGAAUACAUACAAGUGCACGUAUAUCGAAUCGUCGUCGGUCUCUGGAUUCGCACGCUUUCUUUUUUCUUCCAUCCUCAGGGGCGUUUCAUUCGGUGAAAUUAUAUCUGUUACUGUUCCCUUUCUGAUCGUUAACGUUAAACCGUGUCGAUUGUCACUCACAAGUACCUACAUUUUUUCGUCUGUGGUUAUUUCGUCUAUUUUGUCGAGAUCGAAGAAACCGAUAGCGUACUAACGAUAAAAGAGAGAGACUGUUUUUCCGCGUAAUGUUCCAUCGAAUGAAUGUCAAUUGAACAGACAUUGGGAAACAUGGUGUGCCUGCUCGACGAUACGAUCACUUAACAGGAUCGUUCGAUCGAUCAUAAAAGUGAUCGAUUUACGAAACUACAUAUUCCAGGAUGGAUGCACCCGAAACGGAAUAUGCGUUCCUCUUUUAUUGAAGAUGAAACUGUUUCGAGGAAGAAAAGACACGUCGGCGACAGUCAGGAUGACAGAACGGUAACGGUGCGCGGUGAAUUGCAUACCUAACGUAACGAAACGACACGAAACGCAAUAAAGAAUUCGUACUUUAAGAAGGUAAAGAAGUAGGAGUAGAGGAGAAGACAAAAGGAAUAAAGGACAGAAGGGUAGAUACGGAGGAAGAAGAAAGAAGCCCCGAUAAUGAAGGAGCACGGAAGCAAACUUCCGGCGGAACAGCCUGCGAAGAUCCUCAAGUCGUUGUUAAAAAAGCCUGGUCAAUCAAAGAGCAGGUCGCAUAAGAAUAGAGUUGUAAUAAAUGAAAAAUUGAACGAAUUUUUUGCGGCCGAUUAUAUAAUAUUAAUAAAGGAAGAAUGCUGUGCCGAUGAUUACGAGGAAGAUUGUGAUUGUUGUUGUCAAGAACACGAACUAAUACGAUUAGGAAACUGCAAGGAAUGUCGAGCUGAAUUUAACCUGCACUUUGGUGUCGCGAAUAACGGUAGGUAUCACGAUGUAGAAAGGGACGAUGAAAUAAUACGCGAGAACGCGGUACAAACCGAACAAAUCUCCAACGAUGAAGAAUUUGGUUGCGUACAAUUGCAUCUUGAAGAUGAAGAAGAGGAACAGGAAGGGUACGAGAUAGAGACGGAAGGUGACGACGAUGAGAUCGAAGAUGACGGACGAGUAGUCGCCGAGUACCUUCUCGACGAAGGGAGCGGAGAAAAUGAUCAAGUGACAGAGACGAUCGAGGUGAGAAAGGGACAUGCCGACCAACUGGAAGAGGGGAAAGUGGAGGAAGCGAACGGAAAAGAAAAAUUUGGAAAAGACAGCGAAGCUUCGGAAGUAGCGGUGGAGGUAGAAAAUCUAACGGAAACGAACGUACGUGGUAGAAAGAAGCGCGAAAGAAUCGAUAAUGAAAUCGCUGAAUCAGAUGUUUACGAGACAAAUACACCUGUCGAAACGACCAUAACCGCAAUAUCAUCGUUACUACCACCUUCAACACCGCAAUCGUCACCGCCGCCGUCGCCGUCGCCACCGCCGGCGCCGCCACCACCAGCACCACCACCACCACCACCACCACCACCACCACCACCACCAGCAUCACCCUUGUUAGAUAGGCCAUCGUCACCGCUUGCGCGACAGGACCAUCAACAAGAGACACUGAGUCCGCCGGAAGGUUACAAAGAUAUUUAUUCGAAUGAAAAUCUGUCGAAUGUAGUGGAAUGUUGUUUACAAUCGUCCCUGGAUUACCUUCAUUGUCAAAAUACAACAGAUAGAAACGUUGAUCAAGAAUUGAUCUCUGUUAACAACGAAACGAAGACAAACCAUGAGGAGAAGAAAGUGCAAAGAACGAACGAGCAACAGUUGCAACGUUCGGCGACAACUAUCGAAUCGAGGCAUCGUUAUCUGGUGGAAACGAUAACCAUGACGACGGUAACCGAACGGCGUAUCGUACGCGAGAUCAGCGAAGAAGAGGGAAAGGAACGCAUGGUUGUCCGUAGUCAGGAUGUCGUCGAACCACAGGAUGAGAGAAAGUACUCUGUCGCUGAAGCGACCACGAUUGAACGCACGAUGGACCAACAGAACACGAUGGAUGACAACGAUUCGAGCGAAUACAUCGUACGUAAGGGAGAAAUUCGACGACAAAUAAAUUCUCUCGUUGCCGAUGAUCGUUCUACGCGACAGAUGGUAUCAAGGAAAACCUCGGUGACUGGUGGUACCGAACAAGAUACAUCGUCGGAUGCGAAACAACUAUCCCUCGUAUUUAAACUUGCUAAUUCUUCUUUAGCCGGUAACAAUAGUCUAAAACCAAAUUCUGCCGUUAGACAAUUAUUUCCUAAUCCAAAAUUCGUUUCGCCACCACCGGCGCCACCUGCUAAAUCAAUCUCAUCCACAAAUUCUAUCGACGAUCCGGUAAAUGCUUUGGGACUAUUUUCUAACGCGGACAGUUUACGUUUCUUCGAUGGUGCGAAACCAACGCUCAUCUCCGACAAUCAAAAGUAUUCCUCCAGCGACGAAUCGAAUCCACUUAGAAGAACAAUCGAAAGAAACACGCUUCGAAGAAGUCUUCUCGAUAAAUAUCGUUCCAAUUCUCGUAAGAAAAGUCUUACGUCGAAAAAUUUAUCUCUCGAAGAACGAAUACGACAACUUACUUGUGUAGAUCAAGAAAAUGACGAAGAUAUUUCUCAACGAUCAUCCGAUGCAGAAAAUACAAACUCGACGAUGAAUAUGAAAGUGAACGAUGAGUUACUAACACGUGUUGCACCUUCGGGACAGGAAGAUACAAGGACGGUGUCGACGAGACCGUUUCUAAUUCGGAACACGACCAUUGACGCUUCCACACCGACUUCGGUAUUGUCAGCAUCGGCCGUACAUGUCGAUACGAGAUUUGAUACGCUAACUGCCGUAACAACGACAACGACAACGACAACGACACCGACAACGACGCUUACAUCAAAUUCAUCUAUGUCUAUGAUGACAACGACGCCGACGACGGUAACGGCAGCAGCAAUGUCAACGUCAACGUCAACGUCAACGUCGACGUCAACGUCAAUGUCAACGUCAAUGUCAAUGUCAACGGCAACGAUCACGACCACCGCGACAACGGCAGCUGUUACAAGCUCCAAUUAUUACAAGCAAAUCUCAUCGACCGGUACCAGUACCGUUGCAGAUCAUUUGCAUAAUCAAUCGACUUAUAAAAAGCUGACCGAAUUGUUUGUGCACAAGAAGAAUAUACAGUCGAAUAUGCCGGAUCUUGGUUUAGGAAACAGUGGGAAAAGUAACAGUAUUGGCGGGAAAGAUUACCAACAAACGAAAACCUCGAUAAAAACAAACAAUUCCGAUGUACGUAAGCAAUUUCUAGCCAGCUUGGCGCCAUUAUCUUGCGUAACCGUCAAUAGUACAGAUACCCAAGACGAUUAUUACCGACAUAAUUCGAGGAUGGUGGUUACCGAAAAUGGUGCUUCAACAGGUGAUGCAUACAAUGCGGCUACCGCGGCAGCGGUAUCGAUUUACAAUUUCGACAAUAUGCAGACGAAUUUGCACCGAGACGAUAGCAAUUAUAAUAUAGGUCCGCCAGAUGUUACCAGGGGUACACCAAUGAUUAUCGAUAGACCGGAUAUAGGGGAUGAUAAUACGACCGACGAAUUACUCGCAUUCGUGGAACAAGACAGAUUUAGAACCGAAAGAAUAAAGCGUCGGUACAAUGAUGAUCAAUACCAGCAGCAGCAGCAGCAGCUUUCGAUCAAUGGUAGAAACAGUUACGUUGCUGACAACAAAAUCAUCGAGAAGAAGAAUAUCGAUGGUAAGAACGAAGUUAUUGGACUUACGUAUCGUGAAAAUAUUGGCCACGAUCGCGAUCUUGACAACAACGGUAAGAAAAAUCGCGCCGAGUUACAACAACGUAUUGGCAUCGGUCGUUGUUAUACCAAUGAUAUUACAGCUACUAGUCUUGACAACAACGACGAUCGCAAUGACAACGACGACGAGCGUGUUCGCGACCAUGAAGACAACGAGAAAAAUAAUGCCGAUGACGACGACGACGACCACGACGACGACGAUGACGACGACGACGACGACGACGACGACGACGAUGACGAUGACGAUGAAUUGAACGAUUAUGGAUUUAAUCGCAGGCCAUCGGUAACAGGUAUUAAACAACAACGACGAACAGCGAACGCUACCAACGAACCGUUUCAUCGAUCGUCUCUGAAUAACGAUGGUAGCACAAACGUUCCAAGAACGAACUUCCAUCCUUCGGUACCAGCUUAUUAUGAAAACAAUACUAUCAAAAUCGAUAGUCGGAUCGCAUUGUACGACGAAACGAUCGACGAUCCUACUUCAAAUUCGUUCGCUGGUACUUUGCUUGCCAACGAACGAGACGCCAAUACGAUUAGUCGAAUAAAUACGAUGCAAAAACAGAUUGAUAACAUUUAUCAAACUAUCGUGGAAAAUACGAACGUGACUGCCCAAAACUCGCUUGAACGUAAGUCUUACACGGACGAUGCGUUUACGCGACAACCUCAUCUUCGGUUACCGGUCAACGAACCUGCGUUCCGUAUUUAUCAGGAACAAAAGAACAGUCAACAAUAUUUCCAAGAACAGUUAAAUACUGCAAACGCUCGAACUUCUUUACGAGGCAUCGCGGUCGGAGCCGAAGAGAUCGAUACUGUCGCUAGUGUCACCGAUAACAGAGGAGAAUACACGAAUAGUUAUCCCGAGAAAAGUCGACGAAGAGAACCUCAGACAACGACACCCCCUUUCAAUUAUCAUUGUAACGUAGUGCCGACCGUGUAUACCGGACUUCCAGCUAAUACCAAAUGUUAUCGGACUAUGUAUUUUGUUCCAUACAACGGCUUGUCUGAUCCAACCUAUCAAAAUAUCCAGCGCAUUUUACCAUCGCAUCCGUCUCCUAGCUAUACCAAUCACAUCGAACGAUAUCCAUACCCUCGAUCGAGCAAAAACGAUCAAUUACAAAUGCAAACGCAAACUCAAACCCAAUCACCGUCUACUCUACCAUCUACACCUCCUAUACCCCAACUAAGAUAUUAUUACGUAGGAAAUCGUUCCUUUUCUCCGACAUCCAAUUUCGCGCAAAACAAUCAUACUUCUUCGAUACCUUCCGACUCGCUCGCUCAUUCGAUGCCCCUUGAUUCCUUUUCAUCUUUCGAUUCUCGAUCAACUCCCAUCUCUUCCGCCAAUCCUCCUGUUACCUUGCAGCCUGCGCAACAAACUUUCCAUCUUCAUUUACACCAUCAUCAACAACAACCAGAAGAUUUUAGAAUUUCCGGUGUUGCUUUUCAUCACCAUCAGCAUCAACAUCAACAUCCGCAUCAGCAUCAGCAUCAGCAUCAGCAUCAACAUCAACAUCAGCAUCAACAUCAGCAUCAGCAUCAGCAUCAGCAUCAGCAUCAGCUUCAACAUCAGCAUCAGCAUCAGCAUCAGCAUCAGCAUCAGCAUCAGCAACAUCAGCAACAACAACAGCAUCAGCAACAGUAUGAAUACGAGUAUCAGCAUCAAAAUCAACACCAUCGACAUCAUCAUCAACCUAUGUUUUAUCGUUUACCUUCAACGAUACCAGCACAACUACCUUCUUCGUCUUUAUCUUCUCCAUCAUCCUCUUCUUACACUGUAAUCGCACCGUCGAGAUGCGCCACAUUCACUGGUAACGGAACGACAACCAGCGAAAGUUCUUACCGUUUUUAUCAGGUACAUUUGGAUCGUGCAGUUCUCACCCCUGCGACCGAAUUACAAUCGGCUCAGACGUUUUUAUCAUCUUCUACUUCUACCUCAUUACCAUCUACGGCAUCGUGCUCUUCGUCUUUAUCGUCAUCCUUCUCUCCUUUACCAACAGUGACUGUAGCUGUAGCGCCUCAACAAACUUUGUCCACCUUCGUACUUCCAAAUCAUGUGUCCGAAUCUUCUACGCAUGCUGCCAAUUUCGAUACUGUUCCUCGUACUGGGAUCGUUCAAUCAACUUCUGGUAAUGUCGCUACUUCUACCACCGCCAUCAUCGCCACCACCACCACCACCACCGUCUCUACCAUCGCUAGUUCCGCUUGUUCCUCAUCUUCCUCUUCCUCGUCGUCCUCUUCAUCUUCGACUUCGUCCUCGUCAUCGUCAGCUUCCUCCUCUUUAUCUUACUCCUUCUCUUCUUCUUCUUCUGCCUCUUCUUGCUCAUCCUCGUCGUCCUUGCAGAUACCUUGUUCACCUUCAAAAUUACAACAACAACAACAACAACAACAACAACAACUUAUAGAUCCUUAUACGGAAAUGGAGCGUGGUGUUCCAGAAGGAGCGGCUAGCGUAUCCGGCCAUGAUGUACCACAAUCUGGAAUUUUACUCGCGUCUAAUUCUUACAUCGGACACAAUUCUUUACCAACUCAUGCGCAAAAUUCAGUAUACUAUGCAAUGAACGUUUAAAUACAAUAUAUAUAUAUUUAUAUUGAUAUAUGAGAUAUUAAGAAAGCAUCGCGUUUAUGCGGAACGUGAAGAUAACGAUAAUGAAUGUAUCGGUAUCGCGAGAUUGUACGUCGUCGUCGUUGUCAUCGUCUAUUUCUCCUGAAUAAACACGAUUGUCAAUAAACUUAUGUAGUACGUCUAUCUCUCGCGUGAUAUCAGAAAUAUUCGUGUAAGAAAAUAGGAAAACAAGCAUCGUUUGCGUGUCAUUUUUAUUAAUAAAAAUACGAACGCACGAAACGCCCAUCGAGUACACAUCAGGGUCUGUGUAAUCUUGCAAAAUAUGUAUGUAUACAUAUUUCGGUUCGUUCUAUACGCUGUACACCGCCACCGGCAUACAUACUUACGUAUUUACGUACGUCUAUGCCCCAGAUAGUACACGACGUCUUAAAGACGUCCAUAUUAUGUACGACCAUUUUAGGUCUGAACGUUUUACGACCUUACCUGGAACGUCUUUACGAUGUCUUGUCCCAGACGUAUCUGAAUAUCUGGAACAGAUAUCUUUACAAUGUUUUAACGAUGUCUCUGUACUAUCUGGGUGCAUUAUACUUAUAUAUUAUAAUUGAUUCUAGUCAGGAUAAUAAAAUACUUAGGACUGGUACUUUUCAUCAGAAAUAUAAACCAAAGAACGUACGAAACGUUCCUCUGUACAUGUAAGAAUAUACCUGACAACAAUUAUUUUAAAUAGAUGAGAUAAUCCAAUUUUUGCGGCGGAAUUGAUUAAAUAAUUAGGAAAAUUGUAUAGUGAAAAAGAAGGAAUGCAGCCGAUGUGCGAAUAAAGGUACAUACUUACACGCCACUUUGGUUACCGUACAAAUUACCGUACUGCUCAAAAUUACGUUUUAUUAUUAUACAUAUAUGUAUAGAAUACCGUUGAAAGAGCAUACGACGAAAAGAAAAAACAACAGAAUUCUAUGCUAAUUGUACUCGCUUGUCAUUACGGAAUAUUUUUGAUAUCGAUUUUUCUAAUUUACAUUCCUACAUAUCUAUCAUAAUAUUUCUUUCGAUCUCUUUCCUUUAUUCCUAUUCCAAUUUCCGAAACGGAAAUUAACGAUUAAGCACCUACAGCGUGCUGUUAACGCGGUACUACGAAAAUUUCACCUUCACUUUCUAUCUCGCGCCAAACAAGACGAGGAAAUAAAAGAAGAAGAAGAAGAAGAAGAAGAA